AUGCCAAUAGAGCAGAACCAGGUUGACAACACUAAGGAACAAGUAAAGGAACUUUACAAAAAUGGAAUCUAUUACCGUGAACUAGUUGCUGGUAAAGCACCCGAAAUUGUUGUUGAAAAUUUGGACCUUUCUUUUGAUGGAAAGACUUUAUUUACCGACCUUAACUUUACGUUAUCAUGCGGCGAUAAGGUGACAAUAGUCGGAGAGAAUGGGAGCGGGAAGACAACGUUUCUCAAACUCCUUUCGGGCUUCGAGGAAUACCCAUACUCAGGGUCUAUUGAAAUCGAGGGUAGACUUGGUUUUUUGCCUCAGCAUUUUGAGGAAGUAGACGGCGAUGAUUUGGCAAUUAACUUGGUUCUCAGAUCAUUAUGUGAUUAUGAGGUCGACCACUUCCUGGAGUCAGGCUUAGAACCCUUCUCACACGAAUGGCUCCAAGAGCUAAGCUCUCUCGGGGGCCACGAGAUAUUCAAGCAGUCGUCUCUCAUUGGACUGGGAGAUGAGAUAUUGAAACGUCCUUUCAAAUCUCUCAGUGGCGGUGAAAAAACUAAAAGUCUUCUCUGCGCACUCAGCAUCUUGGAGCCCGACUUUAUUCUAUUGGAUGAACCAACAAAUCACUUGGACAAGAAGGGGAUCGAAUGGUUGGAGUCCUUUUUGAAGAGAUAUACGGGCGGCGUUAUCAUUGUUACUCACGAUCGUAGUCUAAUCAACUCAGUGUCAAGCAUGAUUUCGGAGCUGUCUCCUCACUCUAAGAGGUUUGCGCAUUUUAGAGGUGGAUAUAAAAAUUACUUGGAGGAGGAAGAUAAAAAGCGCCGGAGAUUGAUUGAGCAAAGGCGUUUCCAGGAUAAGGAGCUCAAGAAACUGAAAUCGAAGGUUCAGCAGGCACAAUCUAAAGUUAGGGCGCGAAUCAUCAGGUCAGGCUCCGACAGAGAUAAAUUGAGCUACGACAAUAGGGAGCAAAGGGCUCAGAAGGGGACUACUGGUCUUGUUAACCUACUCACCGAAAAAGCUGAAUAUCUUAAUGAGAGUUUAGUGGAAGUUAUCCCCGAAAGGUUGCAACUAUCCUUUGACUUUGAUGAGCUCCCAGCGUUCAGUUUUCUUUUGGGGAUAACCGUGGAAGGCAUAUCAAAGUCCUAUGAGAAGCUCUUAUUCAGCAACUUGUCGUUUACGCUGAUCAAGGGUGAGAGACUUGUUAUCCAAGGACCCAACGGUUGUGGUAAAACCACGCUGAAUCAGAUUCUUCUGGGUCUUACCGAACCAGACCACGGGACAGUUUCCAUUAGUGGAAACGCCGUUGUCGGAUACUUGGACCAGGAGCAAGAGAACCUUCCGUUGGACAAGUCACCGCUGAAAUUGCUGGAGGAAGAUAAUUCCAUUAAUGCAUCAAAGCAGACGGCCAUUCGUAACUUGCGCGACUUUGGAAUUUAUAAGUGGCAUGACUUGAAGAGCCCACUGAAAGAACUGAGUGUAGGAUGCCGCCGUAAAGCCCAGCUUUGCCAAAUAAUCAUGAGGAAGUGCUCUAUCCUUGUUUUGGACGAGCCUACAAACCAUAUUGAUUUCCCAAGUUUGGAAGUCAUCGAAGAUGCUUUGUUGACUUUUCCGGGCAUUAUCAUCGCUACGACCCACGACAGAUACUUUACAGAAAAGGUGGCUACAAGAGUUAUAGACCUAUCUAGCUACAGUUCUGAAUAA